AUGUAUUAUAAGAUUUCUUGGUGUGACGUAACUCGGCUCAUCAACGAGACUCUUAUAAGAGAAAGAGGAGCUGGAACAACCGAGAAGUAUUUUCCAUCAAGAAUAUCAUUACAACUCACACCAACACUUGAAACAAGUAGUGUUUUAAGCAUAUCAGUGAGCAAAUCAUCAGAGAAUCCCACAAGAGAGAUCAGCAUGGAAAAGAGCAUCCAAGGUUCGUUCGAUCCAAACUCGUUUCUAGGACUAAGUGUUUCGGCUGGUGAGACAAUGUCAAUGAGCUUAAGACCAUGGAAGUUCGAGCAAUCGGUGCAUGGAAAUAGCGUGGAUUUGAAUUGGUUUCUCCACGAUAGCAUGGAUGGAAGGGAGGUAUUCUCAUCAAAGCCAUCGAGAAUGGCAAUGUUUCAACCCAAGGCUUGGUUUAAACAUAGAUAUUCGAAAGUUUAUAGGCCUUUCACUCGAAAAGGAGGGGUAAUAUUUGCUCAAGAUGAAUAUGGAGAAAAAGUUUGUUGGAAGUUGAAGAAGAAGAAUAUUAGUAUUAAUGGUGAGACCAUGGAUUGGGAAUUGAUUGGAAGGGUUUGGUUAACUUAUUGGCCUAAUAAACACAAAACACUUUACACUGAGACUAAGUAUAUGAGGUUUAGGGAAAUUCUCAAGCUUACCCUGCCGUGACUUCAAUCCAUAAUGAUUCAUGCAUG